AUGGCUUUAAGUAAUUCAGGAACUAUCGGUGUCGUCUCUGGCGUCAUUUUUGGUGUAGCUGCUCUCUUUUCUAUUUAUCCACCAGUCCAAGAUAAGGGAUUGUGUCGUAUUCUUCUUCUUACUACUGCUAUCUGUUUGUGGUCAUUAUGGAUAGUUUGUUUCUUAUCUCAAAUGAAUCCAAUGGCUAUUCCAGAGCCACAAGAUCUCCCAGGUACUGAUUAA